AUGCCUGUGGUGUGGCCAACAUUACUGGACCUCAGCCGGGAUGAAUGCAAGAGGGUCCUCCGGAAAUUGGAACUGGAAGCCUACGCUGGAGUGAUCAGUGCCUUGCGGGCCCAGGGAGAUCUGACGAAGGAGAAGCGGGACCUUCUGGGAGAACUUUCCAGAGUGCUGAGCAUUUCGACGGAAAGACACCGGGCGGAAGUUCGGAGGGCGGUCAACGAUGAACGCUUGACAACGAUUGCACAUAACAUGUCCGGGCCGAACAGCUCUUCCGAGUGGUCCAUCGAAGGCCGUCGGCUGGUUCCUCUGAUGCCCCGUUUGGUUCCUCAAACAGCCUUCACGGUCACAGCCAACGCGGUGGCCAACGCAGCUCUCCAGCACAACGCGUCUCUCCCUUCCCCUGCAGAAACAGGAAGCAAAGAAGGUGAGGUAGUGGUUUGUUACUCCUACACAACUACCACCUCUACGCCGACGUCCACCCCGGUACCAAGCGGUAGCAUUGCGACGGUUAAGUCCCCCAGACCUGCCAGCCCAGCUUCCAACGUGGUCGUUCUCCCAAGUGGAAGUGCUGUUUACGUUAAAAGCGUGAGUUGUUCGGACGAGGAUGAGAAACCCCGCAAGAGGCGCCGUACAAAUUCUUCAAGCUCCUCCCCUGUGCUCCUGAAAGAAGUCCCCAAGGCCGUCCCCCCGGUCACCAAGACCAUCACGGUGCCCGUCGGAGGCAGCCCUAAGAUGAGCAGCAUCAUGCAGAGCAUUGCCAACUCCUUGCCACCCCACAUGUCUCCCGUGAAGAUCACCUUCACCAAGCCUUCCUCCACGCAGACCACCAACACCACCACUCAGAAGGUAAUCAUCGUGACCACAUCGCCCAGCUCCACGUUUGUCCCCAACAUCCUGUCAAAAUCUCACAACUACGCAGCUGUCACCAAACUCGUCCCGACAUCGGUGAUAGCAUCCACCACCCAGAAGCAGCCCAUGGUCAUAACGGCUUCACAGUCCUCUCUGGUUCACAACAGCACCGCCACCACCACUAGCUCCACCACCGGGAGCUGUUCCACGCCGUCUUCCACGCCCAGCACAGUUGCGGUGACCACCGUAGUGUCCUCAACACCCUCUGUGGUUAUGUCAUCCAUUGCACAGGGUGUGUGCACUUCCGCCAUCAAGGUGGCCUCGGCCAGGCUACCUUCCCCCAAGAGCCUGGUGGGAACGUCCGCCCAGAUCCUGGCCCAGCUUCCCAAGCAGCAUCUGACUUCAGCUUCGCCGGCCGCCCAGCCUCCCGCCCAGCCACCCCAACCCCCCCAGCCGUCUCCGCUGCCCCCCACCAUUAAGCCCACCAUCCAGAUCAAGCAAGAAUCAGGUGUCAAAAUCAUCACUCAACAGGUGCAGCCCAGCAAAAUCCUCCCCAAGCCCGUCACAGCCACUCUGCCCAGCAGCAGCAAUUCUCCCAUCAUGGUGGUGAGCAGCAACGGGACCAUCAUGACCACCAAACUGGUCACAGCUCCUGCCGGGACACAAGCGACGUACACCCGUCCAACCAUGAGCCCAUCCCUAGGGGCACGGGUGACGGGCACACCUGGUGCAGCCACCUACGUGAAGACCACCAGCGGCAGCAUCAUCACGGUCGUCCCCAAAUCCCUCGCCACCCUGGGAGGCAAGAUCAUCAGCAGCAACCUUGUGUCUGGUAACUCCUUGAUGAAGACCUAUUUUCAGCAAAAAGGAACCACCACCAAGAUCACGACCAUCCCGGUGACGUCCAAGCCCAACGUCAUAGUUGUGCAGAAAACGGCGGGAAAGGGCACCACCAUCCAAGGUCUUCCGGGCAAAAAUGUCGUCACAACGCUGCUAAACGCGGGGGGAGAGAAAACCAUCCAAGCCGUUCCAGCCGGUGCGAAACCCGCCAUCAUCACAGCCACCCGGCCCAUUACGAAAAUGAUCGUCACGCAGCCGAAAGGACUAGGCUCCGGUGUCCAGCCGGCGACCAAAAUUAUCCCCACCAAAAUUGUAUACGGACAGCAAGGGAAAACUCAGCCUGUGGUCCACGUCAUUGCUUCCCGAAGCCAGGAUUGGUCAGAACACGAAAUCGCUGUGGAUUCCAGUCCCACCAUCAUCUAUCAAGAUGUCUCGGGCGAAUCUCACUCGGCAACGUCAACCAUUAAAGCCUUGUUGGAACUCCAGCAGACAACAGUCAAAGAGAAGUUGGAAACCAAGCCCCGGCAGGCCACCAUCGACUUGAGCCAAAUGGCCGUCCCCAUCCAGAUGACCCAUGAGAAGCAGCAUUCUCCCGACAGCCCCUCCAUUGCCGUGGUGGAAUCAGAGCUUGUGGCAGAAUACAUCACCACGGACUCUGGAAGGAUUCACUGUGUUCCUUCGCAUUCAGAGGAAUAUCUUCAGAACCACAUUGUGACCCACCGGUCCCAGUCCCACCAACCCUCCUCCGAGGCCCAGCGGACCUUGCUUCAACAUGUAGCCCAAUCCCAGACGGCGACACAGACCUCGGUCGUGGUGAAGUCCAUCCCCACCUCUUCUGCAGGCGCCAUCACGCACUUCAUGCAGCAGGCCUUGAGCAGCCACACGGCUUUCACCAAGCACAGCGAGCAGCUGGUCGCCGAGGAGGGGGAGGUGGAGGACACCCUGGACCCCCAGACGGGACUCUUCUACCGGUCGGCCCUGACCCACGUGCAGAAGCAGCAGAGGUUCAGCCAGCCCCAGCUGGAGCAGACCCAACUCCAGGUCAAGACCUUGCAGUCCUUCCAGGCCAAGCAGAAGCAGACCAUCCACCUGCAAACGGAGCAGCUGGCCGCCAAGCUGCCCCAGCUGCCCCAGCUCUCCAUCCGGCACCAGAAGCUAGUGCCUCUCCAGCAGGAUUUGGCCUCCGCCAAGCUGGACUCCCAGCAGGCCGGCCCCCGCGAGCGGCAACUGCCCACCUUGGUCGCCCAGCCCCAACAGACGGUGGUUCAGGUGCUGGCGGUCAAGACCGCCCAGCAGCUGCCCAAGCUUCAGCAGGCCCCCACGGCCCAGAAGAUCUACGUCCAGCCCCAGAGCCAGCUGCAGCUCUCUGGAGCGCCCGAGAAGCAGCCCACGGGCCAGGUGCACCAGCCCAUAAUCACCCAAGGAUCUUCUGUUACCAAGAUCACCUUCGAAGGGCAUCAGCCCCCCACGGUCUCCAAGGUGACCCCUCCCCUCCCGCCCCUCUUCCCCAGCCAGGUGGCUUCCAAGUCAGCGAUGGCGGACAUUUUGAAGAUGUCCAUGAUGGAGGCCCAGAUCGAGCCCAGCGCCGGAGGAGACGCGGCGGCGCACAAGACCUGCCCUCCGGCCCACCCUCCCGGCGUGGCCGAAGCGACCCCCCUCUCCGUGCUGAAGGCAGCCCCGGGAGGGGCGCCCACCCUGGGAGCGGCGUCCGUGUUGCAGCAGGUGAAAACCUUGGACUCGCACUCGGGCCCUCUCGGCACGGGGCUGCCUCUGCAGGAGAGGAAGCCGAACCCCCCAGCUCCCGCCAGCCAGUUCAUCCGCAUCCAGAACGUUGGUCCCCCAAAAGCCGAGGAAUUGGCGGCCGAAAUCCUGAUCCAGACGAUCCCGCAGUAUUCGGUCGCCUGCCAUUCCACCUCCAACGUGGUGGUCGAACCCAGCGGUCUUCUGGAGAUGAACAACUUCACCAGUCAACGCCUGGACGAGGAAGAUACCGUCAUGGAGCAGGACAUGGACAGCAGCAACGAAGACGGGACGGAGCCCAGCCCGAUGCAGACUUCAGAACAGACCUAA